CAUGGGAGUUGGGUAAAAUUGCCAACAACCAGAUUUACAGAAUCAGAAGUUGUUCAGGAAUCCUCCUUUCACAAGAAAAUCCAAAUAAAAAAAGGAGAGAGAAAUUAUGUUCUGAAAAUCCUAACCAAUAACUAGUUGUUGUUAUCUCCGCCCAUCUCUUUCUCUUCCAUACAUCCUCUGCUGCUCUUAUAUAUAAAAACAAAACUCACAGAGAUUAAUUUAGGGCUCUGGUUAUUUCUUCAGAUCUCAAUCAAAAGAGUUUUGCUGCAAGAGGGAAGUAUAGCAUAUGCUUGAAAAUGAGUGUGUAUGCUGUUGGAAUCCUUGUUCCUCUUGUGUGCUCUAUUUUACUCCGGAAUUCAAAAAGAGAUAAACGGAGAGGAUUACCAGUUGAUGUUGGAGGCGAAUCUGGAUAUGCAAUUCGAAAUCAUCGUUUCGAUUCCCCUGUUGAGUCAGCAUGGGAGGGAAUUCUAACACUUGCAGAUCUUUUUGAGCAUUCUUGUAAAUUGUACAGAGAUAGGAAUUUACUAGGAACCAGAAAGGUAAUUGCAAGAGAGACUGAAGUGGUUGGUGGAAGAUCUUUCGAGAAGCUUCAUCUGGGAAACUAUGAGUGGCUAAGCUACGGGGAAGCUUUUCAAGCUGCCUGCAAUUUUUCAUCUGGUUUAGCACAGCUCGGGCAUCAGAAGGAAGAGCGUGUAGCGAUUUUUGCUGAUACACAAGCGGAGUGGCUUAUUGCAUUACAGGGAUGCUUCAGGCGCAAUAUCACAGUUGUCACUAUAUAUUCUUCUCUGGGAGAGGAGGCACUAGCUCACUCACUAAAUGAGACAGAAGUUUCAACUGUCAUUUGUGGAAAGAAGGAAUUGAAAAAACUUGCAGACAUAAGUGGACAGCUGGACACUGUAAAGCGUGUGAUUUUCAUAGAUGAUGGGAUUCCAUCUGAUAUCUCAUCAGUGGAGAGCAGCACUAGCUGGUCAAUCACCUCAUUUGCUGAAGUGGAGAAAAUCGGUGGAGAGAAUCCUGUUGAAGCUGAUUUGCCAUUAGCAGCUGAUACUGCAGUUAUAAUGUAUACCAGUGGGAGUACUGGAUUGCCAAAGGGAGUAAUGAUGUCCCAUGGAAAUGUGUUAGCUACUCUUUCUGCUGUUAUGACAAUUGUUCCAGACCUGGGAAGCAAAGAUAUCUACUUGGCAUACCUUCCACUAGCUCAUAUUCUUGAAUUGGCAGCUGAGAAUUUAAUGGUUGGUGUUGGAUCUUCCAUUGGAUAUGGUUCACCUUUGACUCUUACCGAUACUUCAAACAAGAUAAAAAGGGGCACAAAGGGGGAUGCUUCUGUGUUAGGGGCAACUGUGAUGACUGCAGUGCCAGCCAUUCUUGAUCGUGUUCGAGAUGGUGUGAGGAAAAAGGUCGAUGCAAAGGGUGGAUUUUCCAAGACCCUAUUUGAUUUGGCAUAUAGGCGUAGAAUGUUAGCAGUGAAUGGAAGUUGGUUUGGAGCAUGGGGAAUCGAGAAGCUGCUUUGGGAUAUGCUUGUUUUCAGAAAGGUCCGGGCCAUUUUAGGUGGACGCAUUCGCUUCCUGCUCUCUGGAGGAGCUCCUCUUUCUGGUGAUACACAAAGAUUCAUUAAUAUAUGCAUCGGAUCUCCAAUUGGGCAAGGGUAUGGUCUCACUGAGACUUGUGCUGGUGGGACGUUUUCUGAGUUCGACGAUACAUCUGUUGGCCGUGUUGGUGCUCCACUUCCUUGUUCAUAUAUUAAGUUGAUUGACUGGCCUGAAGGUGGGUAUUUAACAAGUGAUUCACCAAUGGCUCGUGGGGAAAUAGUUAUUGGUGGUCCCAAUGUGACACAGGGAUACUUCAAAAAUGAACAGAAGACAAAUGAAGUUUAUAAGGUUGAUGAGAGAGGAAUGAGAUGGUUUUACACUGGAGACAUUGGGCGAUUUCACUCAGAUGGCUGCCUUGAGAUAAUUGAUCGCAAAAAGGACAUAGUAAAACUUCAGCAUGGAGAAUAUGUUUCCCUUGGAAAGGUGGAAGCUGCCCUUUCCGUGAGCCCGUAUGUAGACAAUAUUAUGAUGCAUGCCGAUCCAUUCCAUAGUUACUGUGUGGCUCUUGUUGUAGCUGCGCAACAUGCUAUAGAAGACUGGGCUGUAAAGAACAACAUCGAUUUUACUGGUUUCUCAGAUUUAUGUCAGAAAGAACAAACCGUGAAGGAAGUGCAUGGAUCACUUGUGCAGGCGGCAAAGAAGGGUCGUUUAGAGAAGUUUGAGAUACCAGCAAAAAUUAAAUUGCUGCCCGAGGCAUGGACUCCUGAAUCUGGUUUGGUCACUGCAGCUCUAAAACUCAAGAGAGAAGUCAUCAAAAAGGAAUUCUCUGAGGAUCUCUCCAGCUUUUAUGCAUCUGUGUCUUGAUUAAACACUUACUAAUGUGAUAAUUAUAGUAAAAAUAAUACUUAAUUAGGCACCCUCACCAAGGAGGGAAGUUUCCGGUCUUUCAGGUAAAAGUUAGGAAAGGAUCUGUUUCUUUUUCUUCUGUCCUUCUGAAAAUACUUACUUUCCCAAUUUUCCCAAUAUUCCGUCUCAAUCACUUAAAUUUCUCUGCUUUUUUACUUGUUGUUUUUCGGUAUGAAAGUUGGUUCUCUGGUUUGAGUAUUCGGCACGAAAAUUGUUCCUUCGAUC